AUGGAUCAAUCAAAUGUUGGUGUUGUCAAGCAACAUGUUGAGAAACCUGAGAAAUUCAAGGGAGUUGAUUUUAAACGUUGGCAACAGAAGAUGUUGUUCUACUUGACAACUCUGAACUUGAGUCACGCCAUUACUUCUGAGGCCCCUGAAGCACCAGAAAAGGGAGAUAUUCCUGCCGAAAUUCUGCAGGCUAUAGAAGCCUGGACUCACAGUGAAUUUCUAUGUAGGAACUACAUUUUGAAUGCUUUAGAUGACUCUUUGUAUGAUAUUUAUUCAUCCUAUAAGACGACGAAAGAUCUAUGGGAGUCUCUGGACAAAAAGUAUAAUCUAAAGUGGCUAGUUCCAAGAAAGAAACUGCCUUCGAAUUGGAAGGACUUUAAGAUUUAUCUGAAGUAUCUAAUUGAAGACAUGAGCAUAGAUCAGUUGAUUCUUAAACUACGUAUGGAAGAUAAUCAUCGUAAAAAUGAGAAGUAUGAUGCCUCAUUGCUGGAGGAAAAAUCCAAUGUUGUGGAAGGAGGAGACUCACACAAGGCAAAGUACCAUCAGAAAAACAAAGGCAAUGAUGCUGCAAAGAAAGCACUGACUGCUGCAAAAGGGAAAACCUUCAAGAAAAUCAUAGAAGGUUGCUGGGUUUGUGGAAAGAUAGGUCAUAGGGCAAAGGAUUGCUGCCACAAGAAGGAUCAGAAUACUGAGAAUUCUAAUCAAGCAAACAUUGCAGAAGACAAGUUUGUUGCUAUUGUAUCUGACGUUAAUUUAUUAAGUAAUUCCAAUGACUGGUGGGUUGAUAUAGGAGCAACAAGGCAUGUUUGGAAGGGAAAAGUGACGCUUAAACUCACUUCUGGAAAAGAGCUUUCACUCACCAAUGUUUUGCAUGUUCCCGAUAUUUGCAAGAAUCUGAUUUCUGGGUCGUUUCUAACAAAGGUUUCAAAUUAG